UUUGCCUGGUUUACAGAUGCAACAGUCAAAUAUGGAGUUGAGGCAUUGAAAAACUGUGGUCAACCAAAAGAAAUUAUCGAUUUUGUAAUUAAAAAAUCGUUCUCAUAUAAUGUUCACUACAGCGAAAUCAAAGACUUAUUUAAAGUUAUUGAUAGGCUUGGCUUUGAAGAAAAAAUCCUUAUCUUCAAUGGUAAAGGAAUUUGCAGUUGCAAUGAAACAAAGCGUUUCGAAACCGUUUGUUCUCAUAUUGAAGCACUUAACAAUCAAAAACCUGAAUUAAGAAUUAAUGUAGACCAAUAUUUAAAUAAUUGUUAUACAGCGAAAAUAUCAGAUGAAAAAAUUGAAGAACUGGCAAAAAUGACGGCAAGUUAUAAAAACUUGCCAGCUAUAGAUAGUUUAGAGAUCCCUGAAAGAAUAAGAAGAGAUAAACAAACGAGAAAGAGAAUGCCUUCAAAAUUUGAAUAUAAUAAAUAA